AUGUCGCCCUGGCCCCUGGGUCACAUGUGGCCUCAGAUUGGGAGCUUAGAAAACUACUACCACUUCCACCACAGCAAGACGUUUAAGCGCUCGACGCUGAGCAGCCGGGGACCGCACAACUUCCUCCGCAUGGACCCCAAGGUGGACUGGCUGCAGCAGCAGGAGGUGAAGCGGCGGGUGAAGAGGCAGGCCCGAGGUGAGCCACACGCCCUGCCCUUCAACGACCCCGUGUGGCCCAACAUGUGGUACCUGGUGGACUGGCUGCAGCAGCAGGAGGUGAAGCGGCGGGUGAAGAGGCAGGCCCGAGGUGAGCCACACGCCCUGCCCUUCAACGACCCCGUGUGGCCCAACAUGUGGUACCUGCACUGCAGCAAUAAAAGCAGUCGCUGCAGGUCAGAGAUGAACGUCCUGGCAGCCUGGCAGAGGGGCUACAGCGGCAGGAACGUGGUGGUCACCAUCCUUGAUGACGGCAUAGAGAGAAACCACCCUGACCUCCUGCAAAACUAUGACCCUCUCGCCAGCUACGACGUCAAUGGGAACGACCACGACCCGACUCCGCGCUAUGAUGCCAGCAACGAGAAUAAACACGGCACUCGCUGUGCGGGGGAGGUGGCGGCAGCCGCCAACAACUCCUACUGCAUCGUGGGCAUCGCCUACAACGCCCGCAUCGGAGGCAUUCGUAUGUUAGAUGGCGAUGUAACAGAUGUUGUUGAAGCGAAGUCGCUUGGCAUCAGACCCGAUUACAUUGACAUUUACAGCGCGAGCUGGGGGCCAGAUGAUGAUGGGAAGACAGUUGAUGGACCUGGUCUAUUGGCCAAACAGGCUUUUGAGCAUGGCAUUAAAAAGGGCCGCAGGGGUUUGGGCUCCAUUUUUGUCUGGGCAUCAGGCAACGGCGGCAGAGAGGGCGACUACUGCUCCUGUGAUGGCUACACCAACAGCAUCUACACCAUCUCCAUCAGCAGCACCACUGAGAAUGGCUACAAGCCCUGGUACCUGGAGGAAUGUGCCUCCACCCUUGCCACCACCUACAGCAGUGGGGCUUUUUAUGAGCGGAAAAUAGUCACCACCGACCUCCGGCACCGCUGCACCGACAGCCACACCGGCACCUCCGUGUCCGCCCCCAUGGUGGCCGGCAUCAUCGCCUUGGCUUUGGAGGCAAACCCCCUGCUCACCUGGAGGGAUGUCCAGCAUCUGCUGGUCAGAACCUCGAGGCCAGUGCACUUGCGAGCGUCGGACUGGAAGACCAACGGCGCGGGACAUAAAGUUAGCCAUCUAUAUGGCUUUGGUCUGGUGGAUGCAGAUGCUAUUGUGGUGGAAGCCAAGAAGUGGAAGUCAGUCCCUCCCCAGCACGUCUGCGUGGGAAGCCUGGACAGGGUGCCCAAGUACAUCCGCGCGGACCACGUGCUGCGCGCCAGCACCCUCAGCAGCGCCUGCGCCGAGCAGCGUGACCAGCACGUGCUGUACCUGGAGCACGUGGUGGUGCGGCUCAGCAUCUCGCACCCGCGCCGGGGAGACCUCCAGAUCAGCCUCAUCUCUCCAGCAGGGACCAGGUCGCAGCUCCUUGGCAGGAGAGUGUUUGACCAUUCCAACGAGGGCUUCAAGGGCUGGGAGUUCAUGACUGUCCACUGCUGGGGGGAGCGGGCAGCAGGGGAGUGGACCCUGGAGAUCCUCGACACGCCGUCCCACGUGCGCAACCCCACCGUGCAGGGGAAGCUGAAGGAGUGGAGCCUCCUCUUCUACGGGACAGCUGAGCACCCCUACAGCACUCCAGGCAGCCCCCAGUCCCGCGGGAAGGUGGUGGAGGUGCCAGCAUCAGAGAUGGAGCCAUCGAGAGCUGCUUUCCUGCAGAGCCAGGUGGAGGUGGCAGAGGAAGAGGAGGAGUACACAGGUCUGUGCCACCCUGAGUGUGGUGACCAGGGCUGUGAUGGCCCCAAUGCCGACCAGUGCUUGAAUUGCAUCCACUACAGCCUGGGCAACAUGAAAACUGGCAGGAUGUGUGUGAGCUCCUGCCCCGCGGGGUUUUUCGGUGACCAAGGCGCCCGGAGGUGCCGCCGGUGCUACAAGGGCUGCGAGCGCUGCGUGGGGAGGGGGCCAGCCCAGUGCACGGCCUGCAAGAGGAGCCUCUACCACCACCAGGAGAUGAGCACCUGCGUGGUGCUCUGUCCACCUGGGUUCUACGCCGAGGAACGUCAGAAACGUUGUCUGAAAUGUCAUCAAAGCUGUAAAAAAUGUGUUGGCGAAGCAGACAAAUGUACUGCAUGCAAAGAUGGAUUCAGCCUGGCAGGGGAGAGCUGCGUGCCAGAGUGCCAGCCUGCCAUGUACCUCAGCCGGGAGCCCCGGCGGUGCGAGACCUGCCCCGCUGGCACAGGGCCAGGUGAGGAAGACUGUGCACCCUGCACCCCCGAGGGCCCCAUGUCCCACUGGCACUGUGUCCCUGCCUGCCGCCCUGGCUUCUACCCCGCCGACAGCCACGGGCUGCCCAACAAAGUCUGCAAGAGGUGUGACGACCACUGCUCGGCCUGUGAGGGCUCCAGCGGAAACUGCCUCAAGUGCAAAGAAGGUUUCAGUCUCCUCGGUGGCUCCUGUGUAACAAAUGAAACCUGCACCAAUGCUGACAAGACUUUCUGUGAGAUGGUGAAAUCAAACAAGCUCUGUGAAAAGAAGCUGUUUGUGCAGUUCUGCUGUCAGACGUGUCUUAUGGCCGGGUAA